ACAUCUUUACUAGCCUCGUUAGAGACACGUUUUGCAAUUGCAAUAACAGUUGCCAUAGAAAUGACUAGAAGCGUCGCUCAUCUGUUUAAUUUCUUUAGGAUUCUGCAUACUGGACGGACUGCGAGACGACAACAGCAGUCUGCUUCCCGGAAUGCAUUUAUCUUCAGUGACCAAAUAUGCUGUAAAGCUUGCAUACCUGCAGACCGGUGUGUCGUCCGCAUCCAAUGCGGGUGAACGCAUGGUCGUACCCACGGCAAUGUUGCUGGCAGGAUUUGGCUUAGGACUUUCGACAUUUAGUGUUAAGAAGAUGUCAGGAACACCUAGCCGCCGCCUAAGUUUAGUGCGGAUGAUGUAACAAUUUAUAAAAUUAUGUAUUUGUUGUAAGGAACUUUGGAGAGAAAGGACUGCACUCUAAAUGAAUGUUCGGGUUUUUUCCUGGGGAGUUGUUUUGACUUCAUUUGGAUGGGCUACUUAAGUGACUGAAGUUGUGAGCAUGCUGCUGUGAAAAUGAAACUAACAUGUUGUUUCAUUUGCACCUUGUGUGACAGAUUUGUAUCUUGUAUCUUCUAAGUUUGUAUAGAGAACAAAUUUUGCUAUGUGAUGUCUUCCUUACUGUGUUGUGAAUGUGAAAUAUUUUAUGCUGCAAUCAUAAACACCAUGGAGUCCUGAACUUACAGGAGUCAUUGUAAAUUAUUGUAGUCAUAUUAGGAUGCUGAAAUAUUGGUUGUUUUUUUCUUCUUAAGUUGUAUUUUUUUUAUAGUGCAGUUCAUUUCUGUGCAGAGGCUCGUUUAUUUAGUUCUAAAUUAUUGUUUU